AUAAACAUCGCGAGUGCAGUGGAUGUGAAAAACGGGCGAAGGUUUAACACAGAGCCGGAGGAAUGUAUCCAACUCGGGCAGCGGCGUGCCAGCGUCUCUGGAGAUGUCCAGCCUGCGCUCUUUGGAUCGCCCUGCUCCUUCAAAGCGUCCUGGACCUGAGCGCGUCUGGGUCUGAGUUUCCCCAAGACCCCAAUGUGCUAGCUACCACUUCAUGGAACACCUCUAGUAAUGGGCCCUUCUUUAUCCGUCUCGAAGCUCCCUUGAACAACAUCACCACCUCUCUGGGGCUCACAGCCGAGCUCUCCUGUCGUGUGUCUGGCAACCCGCCGCCCACUGUGCGCUGGCUGAAGAACGACGCCCCUGUUGUGCAGGAGCCACGGCGUGUCUCCUAUCGGGCCACGCCAUACGGAUCGCGCCUCCGCAUCCGCAACCUGGACACAACCGACACAGGCUACUUCCAGUGUGUGGCCACCAACACCCAGGGUACCGUGUCCACAACGGGCGUGCUGUUCGUCAAAUUCGAUCCACUCCCUACACCUCUGCCAGGAAGGCCAACGGAGGGGAUCGAAGAAGAGGGAUUCUGCCAGCCGUACAGAGGCAUAGCCUGCGCCCGCUUCAUCGGUAACCGCAGCAUCUUUGUCGAUUCAUUGCAGAUGCAGGGCGAGAUCGAGACCCAGAUUACAGCGGCCUUCACCAUGAUCGGGACGUCCAACCAUUUGUCCGAUCGCUGCUCCCAGUUUGCCAUCCCUUCCCUCUGCCACUUCGCCUUCCCCACGUGCGACCGCAGCUCGGGAACCGACAAACCCCGGGACCUGUGUAAGGACGAGUGCGAGAUCCUGGAGAACGACUUGUGUAAGACGGAGUACAUCAUCGCCCGCUCCAACCCUUUAAUCCUGAAGAGACUGAAACUGCCAAACUGUGAGGACCUGGCCGCCUCCGACAGUCCCGAGGCUGCAAACUGUCUGAGGAUAGGCAUCCCCAUGGCUGAGCCCAUUAACAAGAAUCACAAAUGUUACAACAACAGCGGGGCAGAGUACCGCGGGGUAGUCAGUGUGACAAAGUCGGGGCGUCAGUGUCAGCCGUGGAACUCCCAGUAUCCUCACAGCCACACCUACCUGGCCCUCCGCUAUCCAGAGCUGAACGGGGGACACUCGUACUGCCGCAACCCGGGGAACAAACAUGAGGCGCCCUGGUGCUUCACACUGGAUGAGGGGGUCCGCACGGAGCUCUGUGACAUACCCAUCUGUGACUAUAAAGACAAGUCCGGUGGUAGCAACAUGGAGAUCUUGUACAUCCUGGUUCCCAGUGUGGCCAUCCCUUUAGCCAUUGCCUUGCUGUUCUUCUUCAUCUGUGUGUGCCGCAACAACCAGAAAUCCUCCAGGCCUCCGGCGCCCCGCCAGCCCAAACCAGUCCGCGGACAAAAUGUCGAGAUGUCCAUGCUCACAACUGCGUACAAGCCCAAGAGUAAGGCCAAAGAGCUUCCUUUGUCAGCUGUGCGUUUCAUGGAGGAGCUUGGAGAGUGCACUUUAGGAAAGAUCUACAAGGGUCACCUGUAUCUACCUGGCAUGGAUCAGGCACAGCUUGUGGCCAUAAAGACCCUGAAGGAUAUCUCCCAUGCCCAGCAGUGGGGCGACUUCCAGCAGGAGGCUACAGUGCUGACAGAGCUGCAACACCCAAAUGUGGUGUGCCUGCUGGGUGUGGUGACCCAGGAGCAGCCCGUCUGUAUGCUGUUUGAGUUUCUUCCUCAAGGCGACCUCCACGAGUUCCUCAUCAUGCGUUCGCCACACUCUGACGUUGGCUGCAGCAGUGAUGAGGACGGCACGGUGAAGUCCAGCCUGGAUCAUGGAGACUUCCUGCACAUGGCCAUACAGGUGGCCGCUGGGAUGGAGUACUUGGCCAGUCACUUCUACAUCCACAAAGACCUCGCUGCCCGGAACAUUUUAGUAGGCGAACAGCUUCACGUUAAGAUUUCCGACCUGGGUCUCUCCAGAGAGAUCUACUCCUCAGACUAUUACUGCCUCCAGCCCAAAACCCUGCUGCCCAUCCGCUGGAUGCCCCCCGAGGCCAUCGCCUACGGCAAGUUCACCACAGACUCAGACAUCUGGUCGUUCGGAGUUGUGCUGUGGGAGAUCUUCAGUUACGGCCUGCAGCCCUAUUACGGCUUCUCCAACCAGGAAGUGAUGGAGAUGGUGCGAAAGAGACAGCUGCUUCCCUGCCCUGAAGAUUGCCCGCCAAGGUUCUAUGGUUUGAUGACUGAGUGCUGGCAGGAGGGACCAGGACGUAGACCGAGGUUCAAGGACAUCCACGGCCGCCUGCGAGCCUGGGAGGGGCUGUCAUCCCACGGCAGUUCCACCACACCCUCUGGGGGUGGAGGCAACGCCACCACCCAGACCACCUCACUCAGUGCCAGCCCCGUCAGCAACCUCAGCAACCCCCGUUACGCCGCUGCUGCUGCUGCAGCAGGAUACCUCUACCCAGCCCAGGCUAUUCCCUCCCCAGGCCAGAUGGCUCAGAUUCCAGCUUGGACGCCCAUGGCUGUGCCCCAAACCCACCAGCGCUUUAUCCCCGUCAACGGAUACCCCAUCCCGCCAGGAUACGCAGCUUUUCCUGCCCACUUCCCUCCCCCAGCUCCACCUACCAGGGUAAUGCAGCACCACCUGCCACCUCCGAAAAGCCGCUCGCCCAGCAGCGCGAGCGGCUCCACCAGCACGGGUCACGUCAGCGGCGUACCCUCCACCGCGGGCUCCAACCAUGACGCCAACGCACCGCUGCUGUCCCACUGCAUCAUGCCAGGAAGCGGCGGAGGGCCAGCACAGAUGUACGGACAAGUUUCCCAGAAGGGGGGGCAGCUGGACCACGCAUCACAAACAUCAGCGCUGCUCGCCGCUGAUUCUGACGUACUGAUGUACAACGACUCGGUCAUCACCGCCGACCUGUAGAUAGACGGACACUCACGCUCUUUCCUCUUGGGACCCAAAUAUGAGACGUUUCGCCUCUCACCCAGGGACCUGGUCUAAUAAUUCUACUCGGGUCAUACAGAGACCAAAACAGAAACAAGCCUGGAAGCACAUCUGGGUGUGCAAGAAACACUGUCGCAGCUACACAAGUAUAUACACAGCAGUUUGACUUUUUAAUGCCUUAUUGUUUAAAGCAAGUGUACUUACUACCAUGGUUUGAAAAUGUUAUUUUAACCUCUGUGUAAAUACGGUACAUAAGUCCUGAAUGAAUGAAAUACAAAGAUAUAUAUUCAAAAGAACAUUUUUAUUAAGGAAGAACACUUUAGGGUGAAAAGUCCAUCCUGUGUGCUCACUGGGUAUUACAGUCAGUUCCUUUGUCAACAACUCAAAGGACUGUUUCAUGCAGGAUGUUAAGGAGACACUGACUUUCAUGUCAUGACCUUUAGGUGCCUUGCAGCAGUGACUUGACUCGCUUGUUUCUCAGACAUGCAAAUGUGCUGUGCAUCUGCUUGCAAAAGAAACCGCAUGUAGCAAGCGACAGCCAAGCGAAUGGGAAUGGGAACAGCAGCCUGGACAAACUAGGGGUGUGGUGGCACUGAUCUGCCCAAAUACAACAGUGUAAAAGGCGUACAGGUGAUGUACUCCGCCCUGAAGCUGGACCCUGAAGCUAAACUUCAGCAUUUUAGAUUGUCACAUGAGAGCUUUCCAGCGAAGCGGCUGGAACUAAAAUACUCGUGCCUCAUCAUUUUCAAAUCCUUUACAAAAAAUCCUUUCAGAAAUGACACCUGAAUGUUUUUGUGCAACCUCAGCAUGACUAUCUGAGACUUUUGCAACAUGGACACAGGCCUCUUUGCCUUUUUCAAACCUCAGUGUGGUGCAAGCUGUCCAGGCUGAGGAACAAGGAAGGAGUUUGUUUGUUUUUCAUUUUGUUUUUUGUUUGUUUUGAUUGAAUAUUAAACUCCGCAUCAGCCUUUAAUUCUCCCUCCAUUCCCCUGUCUUCCUGACAUGACUAUAUACGUCAGCCAUUAAUGCCGCUCAAUUUUCUCCGUGCUCCCCUUCUCAUUUUCUUCUCUACCUUACCGUCUCGAGCUUCCACCUUAGCAGCGGAUAUGGCCUCUAACUUCAAAGCUGGCAUCAGAGGGACCCCCUACAGAUCUACAAAUGAAAUCACAAAGUGCUCAUAUCCUCUACAGGCUCCACAGCUAAACUGGACCGCUCUCAGGGCAAACACUUCAUUCAAGGGCUGGGGUCGACUUUACCGUCAGUAAUGUCAGCUGAAAUUUCAGCUCUCACAAAAUAACAUUUUUAUCGUAGAUUGAAUGUGAUUUUUACAUUUAAAAAAAAAAAAAAAGUUUUUCAGGGUUUAAAUUUGGAAGGAAUUUACAGAUUUUAUCCACAGGGCUCGUCAUCAUUUCUAUUUCCAUGUCUUUCCUGAUUUAUAGCAUCCGUAUUGGGAAAAAAAAUACCAUUAAAGACAUGGACGAAUGAAAGAACGCAACCUAGGGAGGGUAAAAACACACGACCCGUAACAGAUCGUACUAUCAUUGACAAAACAGAAAUAAAUUUAAAAAAUACUUUUGUGAGCUGGGGACGGAUUGUAAUACUGUGUUCAGAGAGAUUUAUGUAUGUUCCUUCUAUCUGGUUAUGUAUCAGUAAAAGGGGACAUUUUUAUAACACUUGGCAACAACUGUUCUGACAGGAAGGUGAUCCCAACAAGGGCAUGUUUUUUUUUCUGUUUUUUUUUGUUUUUUGAAAGGAUAAAUUGAAUUUGCCUAUUCAGUUUGAGUCUCUCUAAUUACAGCUGUAUUUAUAUUUCAACAUAUCCAGUGUCCAGUAGCAUGUAAUCAUGUAUGGUUUGGAUGCAUUUACUCUGAUAAUCCUUUUGUGAUAUGAAGAAUUGUGUGUGCUUGGUAAAUGAUAAACUCUCAGUCCUGCAAUCCCACAAUUGAAGCCUCAUCGGUCUGUUGUUAUUUCACGAUGAUGGCUGAUCGGAAGCAUGGCUUAAUAUGAAGCUUUUGUUAUUGAGAAAAGUCACAGAACCAGCUGCAGUGACAGAAAAGUUUGUGAUCUUAGUUGUUUUUUGUUUUUUUAUGAAAUUCCCCGAGUACCUGUGUACUAGACAAUCGUUGGUUUUGGUCCUUCAAAAGUUUCUAACAUGUAUGUGUUGCGCUCCGCUGUUGUUUACAGACUGUUGUGUUACCAACCGGCUACAUUCAUU